AUGCUCGUCAUGGGGAUUUUCCUAGCUUUUGGUCUUCACGCCCUCCUCGCUGGCGCUCUUCUUGUAACGUCGUCGUCUCUGCCGGGGUUGUGGAGACUAACCAUCGGGGAGUCUAUCUCCGUUGGGAGACCACGCGACGUGUUGGUCUCGGCUGAGGGGACCUUCUCCGCCGGCUUCGUCCCCGUCGGCGAGAACGCUUACGGCUUCUCCAUCUGGUACACCCACGCCCUGCAAAAGACGGUAGUGUGGAUGGCGAACAGAGAUAAGCCGGCCAACGGCAAGGGCUCCAUGCUCCAGCUCCAGAGCGACGGGAACCUCGUCUUGUUGAGUGGUGCCGUGGGAAAGGUGUGGGAGGCGGCCACAGGGACGAGAUGGGAUGUGAUGACCCUGGAGCUGCUGGAGACGGGCAACCUUGUUCUCAAGAGCCGGACGGGGAAGAUCCUGUGGGAGAGCUUCGCCUCACCCACCGACACCCUCCUCCCCGGCCAGAAGCUCACAAGGAACACUAUGCUGUUGUCAGAAAGAGCCGCCGGGGACUAUCGUUCGGGUUUCUACAACUUCAAAUUUAACGACGACAAUGUUCUCUACACAUCUACAAUGGCCCCGAAAUCUCCAGCGUCUACUGGCCUCGGCAGGACACCACGCUUUACAGCCAAGGAAGGACCAACUUCAACAGCAGUAGAGUGGCAACUCUCGACGACAAGGGUUUCUUCCUAUCCAGCGAUCAUCUAA